AAAUUGUAAACAAAUUAUUGUUUUCUGUAAUUUAUUCAUUCUUUCCUGUAAAUUUAUAGUUGAUUAUUUAUUAAAAAUAUUAUGACAAUGGUAUCUAGUGAGGAAGAGGCUGAGGAGAAAUCCGGUAGUACGUUGGAGUGGGAUGUGGAUAUGGAAAUACAAUUAUUUUACGCCAUGGCUAAUCAUAAGCCGGUAGGCAUUAAUAAGCAUUUCCAGAUGGCCUGCAUCUGGGAGAAGUUAUCCAAUUCAAUUACUAAAGAGAUUUCCACGCAUGACAUAUGGAAGCAUUUGAAUACUUUGUACGACAUGAAUAUGUUAGAUGACACAGAACCAAUACCUUUUCCUAAUAAAGAAACCCCAUUCAGUUUACCUGAGAGUGAAUUCGGUACUUUAAUCAAGCAGAAAUGUAAGGAUGCGAUUCUAGGAGAAGACAGUGAAGGUGGGAGGAGUCCAUCUCCAAAACCAUCAACGCCAAAAGUCAAUUCUAGAGGAACUAAAGAUAAAGAUAGCACAGCAAAAGCACGCAAAGAUAGCAUAAGUGCUUUGUCUACCAAAACUAGAAAAGAGAGUGGCAGCUCCCAUGCGUCUACAGAUACACCAAGUAUUAAGUCUGAAAAAGAAUAUGAUCGUAGAAGAGACUCAAGAGAUUCAAAUGCUUCAGGACCACGGGACAGUUCAACUAGCAGAAAAUCUACAUCAAAGGAAAAACCAAAAUCAAAAAUAAGUUCUGUGGCAGCCUGGGAAUCACCUUUGAUAGACGAAGAUAGUAGCUCACGGCGUGGGCGUCGUCGUGCCAACACUUCAACCCCGCCGGCCACAACACCUGCAAAACGACGGCGCAUCUGACAUACUCAUUCCCAUACAUAUCAUCAAUUCUUCUGACGUUCACACUUGCACCCCUGGUUUCAUACAAACCAUGGGCGGGAAAGAAGAAUGCAUGCUUUGAAUGUAUUUUUCUCUUAAUCAAUCUGUGUGUAUAUGGACUUGAAGUGAUUUCAUCAUCAUUGUGUAAAUAGGCAAUGCCUAGCUUGCUUAAAAUAAAGUAUGUCCUAAAUAUU